CUUCCAGUAACUAGUUUUUUCUGUUAGGAUUUCAAGAUGGCGUCGAGCGGAGGAGAUGGGGAACACGAAUGGACAGCGGCAGUUCGGCCGCUUUUAUCAGCUUCGUACACUGCUUUUGAGACGAAGGAGCUACCUCAGCUUAUUGGGUCUAUAAUCAACAGUGAAUCAGACAUUCUUCACCACGACAAGCAGUAUGAACCUUUCUACUCAUCAUUCGUGGCACUCUCAGCACAUUACAUCACCACAGUAUGUGGACAAAUACCAAGAAAUCAAUUGCUGUCAGUUGCUGCAGCGUGCAAAGUAUUGAUCGAAUUCUCAUUGCUGCGCUUGGAGAACCCUGAUGAGGCAUGUGCAGUUUCACAGAAACACCUGAUCCUUUUAAUAAAGGGACUGUGCACUGGCUGCAGCAGACUAGAUCGCACAGAAAUCAUUACUUUCACUGCAAUGAUGAAAUCUGCCAAGUUGCCUCAAACCGUCAAGACACUUUCAGAUGUGGAAGAUCAGAAGGAGUUACCCAGUGCUGUGAACCCAGAGCUUCGACAAAAAGAAGUACAAAUGAACUUCUUUAAUCAGCUGACAUCAGUUUUUAACCCUGACCUUACCACCAUCUUGGCCUCUCCAUCAGCAGCACACAUGCAGGCUGAAAGUGAUUGCGAUGAACAAAAUACAGAUCAAGCUGUUCAGACCAAAAUGAAAAAUGCCUUUGUGUCCCAGAAUGUGUCAAGCUUACAGGAACUAGGUGGGUCUGAGAAGUUGUUACGAGUGUGCCUCAACCUGCCCUACUUUCUACGCUACAUCAACCGCUUCCAGGAUGCUGUAUCAGCCAACUCAUUCUUUAUCAUGCCAGCCACAGUGGCUGAUGCCACUGCUGUUCGCAACGGAUUUCACUCACUGGUGAUAGAUGUGACCAUGGCUUUGGACACACUUUCCUUGCCUGUACUGGAGCCCUUGACACCAGGACGACUACUGGAUAUGACUGUGCUGGCUCUAAGCUGUCUCUAUGCUGGUGUAAGUGUGGCCACUUGCAUGGCCAUUCUACAGGUGGGUAGUGGCUUGCAACUUCGCUCUGCCUCCACUGGUACCAAAGAAGAGGACUAUGAAAAUGAUGCAGCCACAAUUGUCCAGAAAUGUCUGGAGAUUUAUGAAAUGAUCGGACAAGCCAUCAGCAACUCUCGCAGAGCUGGAGGAGAGCAUUAUCAGAACUUCCAACUGCUUGGAGCCUGGUGCCUCUUAAACAGCCUGUAUCUGAUUCUUAACCUGAGCCCGACAGCGUUGGCAGAUAAAGGAAAAGAGAAGGAUCCCCUGGCUGCUUUGCGUGUCCGUGAUAUUGCAAGUCGCACCAAGGAUGGCGCAGGGUCACCUAAACUUGGUCCUGGCAAAGGACACCAAGGCUUUGGGGUUUUGUCUGUUAUCCUGGCCAACCAUGCAAUCAAACUUUUGACUUCACUUUUCCAGGAUCUGCAGGUUGAAGCUCUGCACAGAGGUUGGGCAAGUGAUGGACCACCGGCUGAGCUCAACAUCAUGGCACAGAGCACUUCCAGCCAGAGGGUUCAAAGACUCAUUGACUCUGUUCCCUUGACAAAUCUGCUCUUCACACUUCUCUCCACCUCCUACAAAAAGGCUUGUGUUCUCCAGCGUCAGAGAAAGGGCUCAGUCAGCAGUGAUGCCAGUGCUUCUACAGAUUCAAACACCUACUAUGAGGAUGAUUUCAGCAGUACAGAGGAGGACAGCAGCCAGGAUGAUGACAGUGAACCUAUCCUGGGGCUUUGGUUUGAAGAGACAAUUUCACCAAGCAAGGACAAAGUGGCUCCUCCACCCCCUCCCCCUCCACCACCUUUGGAGACUUCUCCCAGACUGAAGAGCCCCAGCAAGCAAAAUCCAAGCGAGAACGGCAACAUUUUAGCUGGCCGUAAAGAUCCCGAACUGUUCCUCAGCUUAGCAUCCAGUAUUCUGAAUUUCAUCACCACCUCGAUGCUAAAAUCCAGGAACAACUUUAUCCGUAACUACCUGAGUGUGUCUCUCACAGAACAACACAUGGCUACGCUUGCCAGUAUCAUCAAAGAUGUGGACAAGGAUAUCAAAGGGUCUUCAGAUGAAGUCUUUUCUUUAGCACUGUAUCACUUCAACCACACCCUAGUGACCUCAGAUCUUCCCUCCCCAGCAUUGCAGAGCACCCUUUUACAGCAAUUAGGUGUUGCACCCUUUUCGGAGGGUCCAUGGCCUCUGUACAUUCACCCUCAAUCAUUAUCAGUGCUCUCCAGACUUCUCCUCAUAUGGCAGCACAAAGCUACUCUGCAGGGAGAACCGGAUGUUCCUGAGUGUAUGAAAGUUUGGGAAAGAUUUUUGGGAACCUUAAAGCAACACGCCAUCCAGGGUUCUAUUCAUGGCGAAGAUGACCUUAAUGUGGAACACCUCCAGCUGCUGCUGCUCCUUUUCCACAAUCUGUCAGAGCGUGGUCGUCGAUCAGUCCUCACCUUAGUCACACAGGCUAUUACAGAGGUGGCACAGAGCAGAGACUCCCAGCUGAAAGCUGUGCCCCUCAAUUUGGCCCGCCUGUUGCUGGUUUUUGACUACCUGCUGCGCCACUACUCCAAGGCUCCUUUAUAUCUUUUUGAACAGGUGCAGUACAACCUUCUUACCCCACCAUCUACUGGGGCAAGUUCUGUUCAGGAAGGUGGAAAACGCAGCAACAUCCCACUUUACUAUGGAUUCAAAGAGGUGGAGGAGAACUGGGCUAAACACUGUUCGACAGAUUCCAAUGUCCAGCCCAAGUUCUACUGCGUUCUGUCUCCUGAGGUGUCUGAAGAUGAUAUCAGCAGACUAGAUAGCAAGGUCUUUCCAAAGCUUUUUAAUGGAGCAGUGAAAUAUGAUGAGCUGUAUAUAUGGCUCAUCUCACUCCUGGCUGCAGGCUCUCAGUUUGACACAGCAAGAAGACAAGAGAACAAGUCCAUCACUCCUAUGGAGGCCUGCUCCCUUCAGUACUACUUCCUGAUACUGUGGAGGAUCCUUGGCGUUUUACCACCUUCCAAAGGCUUCAUGGAGCAGCUAAAGACUGGCUGCAGUGACCCCAGUGAGAGCGACAUCCUACACACACUGCGAUGGUCAUCACGUCUCCGCGUAGCUACGUAUGUAAACUGGAUCAAGGAACACUUGGUAAAGCAAGGAAUGAAAACAGACCAAGCUGCUUCUCUGGUUGAGGUGACUGCUGCUAAAUGCAGCACUGUGAAAUACGAUGUGGAGCUAGCAGAAGAGUACAUUGCCAGACAGAUUUCCACAUUCUCAAGUGUAGACCCACAUGUCAUCCUACCACUUCAUCAGUUGCCCUCUCUACAAGCCAUCUAUACGCUGGAUGCAGUCAUCUCUAAAAUUCAGGUUUCUUUAGAUGAGCAUUUGUCCAAGGUUGCCAUUGAGGCUGACACCCACAAAUCCUCUGAGAUCGCAAAAAAUCUGCUGCCUGCCACACUACAGCUCACUGACAUUUACUCAGCUUUCACAAGAUCUUACCUAUUAAUGAACAUCCCAGAGGAAGGGGAGAACAAACUGACCGAUGCCAAGCUCCAAGGUUAUGCUGCAGUUCUGGCCAUAGGUUCCACCCGAUGCAAGGCCAACAUACUUGGUCAUAAUAUUAUGCAGAACUUGCCAACAGCUGUGCAGACAGUUUGUGAGUCUUGGAAUGGUGUCCACACCACUGAAUUUCCCAACAUUGGCUCAUGGCGCAAUGCAUUUGCAAAUGAUACCAUUCCAUCAGAGAGCUACAUCAGUGCCAUCCAAGCAGCUCACCUGGGCACACUGAGUUGUCAGUCCUUGCCUCUGGCGUCUUCUCUUAAACACAUCCUUCUCUCACUGGUUCGCCUGAUUGGAGACCUCAUUGUUACUGAGGAGCUGAACCCCUCACAGGUUGUGAGCACCCUGCUGCCUCUGCUCUUGGAGAGCAGCACAGAGAGUGUAGCUGAGAUCAGCACCACUUCACUGGAGCGCAUCCUUGGCCCAUCAGAGUCUGAGGCCUUUCUAGCCCGCAUCUACGAGCGUUUGGUGACCGGAUGUUACAACAUUAUUGCCAAUCACUCAGAUCCCAACAGUGGUUUGGAUGAGUCCAUCCUUGAGGAAUGCCUUCAGUACCUUGAAAAACAACUUGAAAGCAGUCAGGUCCGAAAGGCAAUGGAAGAAUUCUUUUCAUUCAGUGGUGAGCUUGUCCAAAUUAUGAUGGCAACGGCCAAUGAAAACCUGUCUCCAAAGUUUUGUAACAGAGUGCUGAAAUUCUUCACCAAGCUUUUCCAGCUCACGGAGAAGAACCCAAACCCAAGCCUGUUAGGCCUGUGUGGCUCUUUGGCCCAGCUGGCCUGUGUGGAGCCCUCUCGUCUGCAGUCCUGGCUGACACGUAUGACUGCUACCCCACCAAAGGACUCAGAACAACUGGAAAUUGUGCAAGAAAACAGACAGCUUCUGCAGCUGCUAACCACUCAUAUUGUGCGUGACAAUAGCCAGGUGGGCGAAGGAGUGUGCACUGUACUCCUCAGCACACUUAUUCCCAUGGCAACAGACAUGCUGGCCAAUGGUGAUGGAACAGGUUUUCCUGAGCUCAUGGUCAUCAUGGCCACACUUGCCAGUGCGGGACAGGGUGCAGGCCACCUCCAGCUGCACAGGGCAGCUAUAGACUGGCUGACUAGAUGCAAAAAGUAUUUAACACAGAAGAAUGUCGUGGAAAAAGUGAGCACAAACUUGUCUCAUGGAAAGCAUGCCAGCAUGCUGGAAUGCUCAUGUCACAUCAUCUCCUAUCUAGCUGAUGUGAUGAACGCUUUGCGUCAAAGCAGCGGUCAAGGCAACUCAGCAGUGCUGAUGGAGGGAGAGGAAAAGGCCAUGGAAGUAGACUCAGACUGGGUGGAGGAACUUGUAGUAGAGGAGGAUGAUUCCCAGGCAGAGGACUCUGAUGAAGACUCACUUUGCAACAAACUUUGCACUUUUACCAUCACUCAGAAGGAAUUCAUGAACCAGCACUGGUACCACUGUCACACCUGUAAGAUGGUGGAUGGGGUAGGUGUGUGCACAGUGUGCGCCAAGGUCUGUCACAAAGACCAUGAGAUCUCCUAUGCCAAAUAUGGCUCUUUCUUCUGUGACUGCGGUGCCAAAGAGGAUGGCAGCUGCCAGGCCCUGGUCAAACGCAGUCCCAGCAGCGGCAUGGGCUCUACUCUUAAAGAGUCUUCAGCUUUCCAGAGUGAGCUGCGUAUUCCUGAGAGUGCUAUUCGCCACCAAAAUUCCUCACCGUCUGACAAGGGCAAGGUCACCAUCUGUGAUGGCAAAUCCAGUGAUGAAGACAGACCUAAGAAGAGCAGCGUGUGCAAGAGCAUUGAAGGCUGUCAAGAAGAGCUGCUAGCACAAGUGAUGGGGUCAUCUACUGCUGCAGUCAUACUGGAAAUGCUCAUGUUUCUCAUGGAAGCUAUCCAGACCAACUUCCAGCAAGCAUCAGCAGUGGGAAGCAGCAGCCGGGCACAGCAAGCCCUCAAUGAACUGCAUACUCAGGACAAAAUUGUGGAGAUGACGGACCAGUUAAUGGUCCCCACACUUGGCUCCCAGGAAGGAGCUUUUGAGAAUGUGCGAAUGAACUACAGCGGUGACCAGGGGCAAACUAUACGCCAGCUCAUCAGUGCACAUGUCCUGCGCCGUGUUGCCAUGUGUGUUCUGUCUUCGCCCCAUGGACGGCGUCAGCACCUGGCAGUCAGCCAUGAAAAGGGGAAGAUAACAGUCCUUCAGCUGUCUACUCUCCUGAAACAAGCUGACUCAAGCAAAAGGAAGUUGACACUGACCCGUUUGGCUUCAGCCCCAGUCCCAUUCACUGUCCUUAGUCUUACAGGAAACCCCUGUAAUGAAGACUACCUGGCUGUGUGUGGCCUUAAGGACUGCCAUGUACUAACUUUCAGCAGCACAGGUUCUGUGUCUGACCACCUGGUGUUGCAUCCACAACUGGCCACUGGCAACUUUAUCAUCAAAGCUAUCUGGUUACCAGGCUCACAGACUGAACUUGCCAUCAUCACUGCUGACUUUGUCAAGAUCUAUGACUUGUCAGUGGAUGCCCUGAGUCCAAUGUACUAUUUCCUGCUCCCAAGUUCCAAGAUUCGUGAUGCUACAUUCCUUUUCAAUGAAGAGGGGAAGAACAUUAUUGUCAUCAUGUCAUCAGCAGGUUACAUGUACACCCAGGUCAUGGAUGAAUCUAGCAGUGCUCAGCAUGGCCCUUUUUAUGUUACAAAUGUAUUGGAGAUAACCCACGAAGACUUGAAGGAUAGCAAUGGACAGGUAGCUGGCGGUGGUGUUUCUGUCUAUUACUCCCAUGUCCUUCAGAUGCUUUUCUUCAGCUACAGCCAGGGGAAGUCAUUCGCUGCCACAGUGAGCCGCAGCACAACUGAUGUGCAGAGGCUCUUUGCCAUCAAUGUGAAAGGCUCCAAUGGUGGCAGCAGUAAGAUGUCUCCUGCACUGUGCCAGUGGUCUGAGGUCAUGAACCAUCCAGGCCUUGUGUGCUGUGUGCAACAGACAACAGGCAUACCUCUGGUUAUCAUGGUCAAACCUGACACCUUCCUCAUCCAAGAGAUUAAAACCCUGCCAGCCAAAGCUAAGAUUCAAGAUAUGGUAGCUAUCCGACACACUGCCAGUAAUGAGCAGCAGCGCACUACCAUGAUUCUUCUAUGUGAGGAUGGCAGCUUGCGAAUCUACAUGGCAAAUGUGGACAACACCUCCUACUGGCUCCAGCCCUCAUUGCAGCCCAGCUGUGGCAUAAGCAUCAUGAAGCCAGUCCGCAAGCGCAAGGCCGCUGCUGCCACCACCCGGACUUCCAGUCAGGUGACAUUCCCAGUGGAUUUCUUUGAACACAACCAGCAACUGACAGAGGUGGAGUUUGGGGGUAAUGACUUGCUGCAGGUCUACAACGGACAGCAGAUCAAACACAGGCUCAACUCCACAGGGAUGUAUGUGGCCAACACAAAGCCUGGAGGGUUCACUGUAGAGGCAGUAAACAACAACAGCUCAAUGGUGAUGACAGGCAUGCGGGUUCAGGUGGGCACCCAAGCCAUUGAAAGGGCUCCUUCUUAUGUGGAGGUCUUUGGACGCACCAUGCAGAUAAAUCUGACAAGAGCUCGCUGGUUUGACUUCCCCUUCACGAGAGAGGAGGCCCUGCAGGCUGACAAGAAGCUGUCUAUAUUUAUUGGAGCAUCUGUUGACCCAGCUGGAGUCACCAUGCUUGAUUCAAUUAAGAUCUAUGGAAAAACCAAGGAGCAGUUUGGCUGGCCUGAGGAUCCACCAGAAGACUUCUCAUCUGCCUCAGUUAACAAUGUCUGCAGUCCCAGCCUCAACCAGGGCAAUGGGACCUCUGAUGGAGACAUAGCCACCCCAACAACAACUAGUGGCACUGUAUUGGAGAGGUUGGUGGUCAGCUCCCUUGAAGCUUUGGAAAGCUGUUUUGCAGUUGGUUCAUCCAGUGAAAAGGAGAAAAACAAGGCUGCAGCACUGGAGUUGGCAACUUUACUUCUGUCGAUGCCAACACCUGUAGGUGUGCAGCAGCAGACAAAGGGGCUUCUUGCCAGUCUGCACACAAGCCGUACUGCCUACCACAAUCACAAGGACCAGUCCUUGCUGAGCAAUGCUGUGCAGUGUCUGAAUAGUUGCAGCCGGGAAGGGAAAGAGCUAGACCCUGAUGUCUUCCAAAGACUUGUAAUCACUGCCCGCUCCAUUGCGAUCAUGAGACCCAACAACUUGGUGCAUUUCACAGAAACAAAAUCAUUGCACCAUGACUCGGAGGUGACAGAGGAUGGGCAAAAGCAUGUGGAUAGUGAGAACUGUAAUUUUAUUGCACAACUGAUGAAUAACUUCUGGAAGCUUCAUGCCCUAAAACCAAAGAAUGCCUUUCUUGCUCCUGCUUGCUUGCCUGGUCUAACUCAUGUGGAAGCAACAGUAAAUGCCUUGGUAGACAUCAUCCAUGCAUACUGCACAUGUGAGCUGGAUUACAUCAAUGUAGCCUCCAAAAUCUACAUGCAGAUGUUACUGUGUCCUGACACUGCUGUCAGCUUUUCUUGCAAGCAGGCUCUGAUCAGAGUGCUUAGACCAAGAAACAAGCGACGCCAUGUGACCCUUCCAUCUCCCCCACGUUCCAACACACCUAUGGGAGACAAGGAUGAUGAUGACGACGACGAUGCAGAUGACAAAAUGCAGUCAUCAGUGUUGACUGGUGGAGAAGAGGGUCGACAGGAGAGCCAAGAACAAAAUGAAGUGGACCAUGGCGACUUUGAGAUGGUGUCAGAGUCUAUGGUCCUGGAGACAGCAGAAAAUGUCAACAAUGGAAAUCCAUCUCCCCUCGAGGCUCUGCUUGCUGGAGCUGAAGGUUUCCCCCCCAUGCUUGACAUACCUCCUGAUGCAGAUGAUGAAACCAUGGUAGAGUUGGCAAUUGCUCUAAGCCUGCAGCAGGAUCAACAGGGCAGUAGCAGCAGUGCUCUUGGGCUUCAGAGUCUAGGCCUGUCUGGCCAGGCCCCAAGCUCCUCUUCACUUGAUGCUGGCACCCUGUCAGACACCACUGCAUCAGCCCCGGCAUCAGAUGAUGAGGGCAGCACAGCUGCUACUGAUGGUUCCACAUUGCGGACCUCCCCAGCUGAGCACGGCGGCAGCGUGGGCUCAGAGAGUGGAGGUUCUGCUAUCGACUCUGUAGCAGGGGAGCACAGUGUGUCAGGUCGCAGCAGUGCAUAUGGAGACACAACAGCGGAAGGCCACCCCGCUGGUCCAGGCAGCGUGAGUUCCAGCACUGGAGCCAUUAGUACCACCACAGCCCAGCAGGAAUGUGAAGGCUCAGAAGGUGAAGGAGAGACUGAAGGAGACAUUCAUACAAGCAACAGGUUGCACAUGGUUCGUCUUAUGCUACUGGAGCGUUUGCUUCAGCACCUUUCUCAGCUCCACAAUGUAGGUGGAGUCCAAGCUAUCCCUUACAUGCAAGUUAUCCUCAUGUUGACCUCUGACCUUGACGGUGAGGAUGAAAAGGAUAAAGGUGCUUUGGAUGACCUGCUUGCACAGCUCAUUGCCGAGCUUGGCAUGCACAAGAAGGAUGUUUCCAAGAAGAAUGAGCGUAGUUCCAUAAAUGAAGUUCAUUUGGUCAUCAUGAGGCUGCUUAGUGUCUUCAUGUCUCGAACAAAGUCUGGAUCCAAAUCUUCCUCUGAGUCAUCCUCCCUCAUUUCCAAUGCCACAGCAACCGCCUUGCUCAGCCUGGGUUCUAUUGACUACUGCCUCCAAGUGCUCAAGUCACUCCUGGAGUUUUGGAAGAGCCAACAGGGUGAAGAAGAGCCAGUGACUGCCAGCCAGCUCCUCCGCACACACACAGCUUCCUCUCCCCCUGACAUGAGUCCUUUCUUCCUUCGCCAAUAUGUUAAGGGGCAUGCUGCUGAUGUGUUUGAAGCCUACUCCCAGUUGUUGACUGAAAUGGUGCUUCGGCUGCCAUAUCAGAUAAAGAAAAUUGCUGACGCCAACCCACGUAUCCCACCUCCUGUAUUUGAUCAUUCCUGGUUCUACUAUCUAUCUGAAAUGGAACACCUGAAAGCUUGUGCUGAAAUUGCCACUCAAAGGACAAUCAACUGGCAGAAGUUCUGCAUGAAGGAUGACUCUGUCUUGUACUUCUUGCUCCAAGUCAGUUUCUUGGUAGAUGAGGGCGUUUCCCCAGUUUUGCUGCAACUCCUCUCCUGUGCUCUGUGUGGCAGCAAGGUGCUGGCCAGCUCCUCCUCUACUUCAUCCUCAUUCUCAGGCGGAGGGUCUGGUAGUGCUGGACAGACAGGAGCCUCUCAGUCCUCUCAGAGCAAGUCUUCUAGUAAAAAGAGCAAAAAAGAAGACAAAGAGAAAGAAAAAGAUGGGGAUGGUGUUGGUAGCCAGGAGGAUCAGCUUUGUAUGGCUCUGGUCAGUCAGCUUAACAAAUUUGCAGACAAGGAGACGCUCAUUCAGUUCCUACGCUGUUUCUUGCUGGAGUCAAACUCAUCUGCUGUGCGCUGGCAAGCCCACUGCUUGGCGCUGCAUAUCUACAGGAACUCUAGUAAAUCUCAGCAGGAGCUGCUGCUUGAACUGACUUGGGCCAUCUGGCCAGAGCUUCCUGCAUAUGGCCGUAAAGCUGCCCAGUUUGUCGACCUACUUGGUUACUUCUCACUCAAAACCCCUCAAACUGAGAAAAAGCUGAAGGAGUAUUCCCAAAAGGCUGUGGAAAUCCUGAGAGCACAGAACCAUAUCCUGACAAAUCACCCCAACUCCAAUAUAUACAACACACUCUCUGGAUUAGUGGAGUUUGAUGGCUUUUAUCUGGAAAGUGACCCCUGCUUGGUGUGCAACAAUCCAGAAGUUCCCUUCUCCAAUAUAAAACUGUCAUCCAUCAAAGUAGACACCCGCUAUACGACCACACAACAGGUUGUCAAGCUCAUUGGUAGCCACACCAUCAGCAAAGUCACAGUGAAGAUUGGUGACCUCAAACGCACCAAAAUGGUCCGCACCAUCAAUCUCUAUUACAACAACAGGACAGUCCAGGCGAUCGUGGAGCUGAAGAAUAAGCCUGCUCGUUGGCACAAAGCCAAGAAAGUUCAGCUCACCCCGGGACAAACAGAAGUAAAGAUUGACCUUCCCUUACCUAUCGUCGCUUCCAACUUGAUGAUUGAGUUUUCCGAUUUCUACGAGAACUACCAGGCUUCCACUGAGACCCUGCAGUGUCCACGCUGCAGUGCUUCCGUACCGGCCAACCCCGGUGUGUGUGGCAACUGCGGUGAGAAUGUGUAUCAGUGCCACAAGUGCAGGUCUAUCAAUUAUGACGAAAAAGACCCCUUCCUGUGCAACGCCUGUGGUUUCUGCAAAUAUGCCCGAUUUGACUUCAUGCUGUAUGCUAAACCAUGUUGUGCUGUGGAUCCUAUUGAAAAUGAGGAAGACAGGAAAAAGGCUGUGACCAACAUUAACACCCUGUUGGACAAAGCUGACCGGGUCUACCACCAGCUGAUGGGUCACCGGCCUCAGUUGGAGAGUCUCUUGUCUAAAGUCAAUGAGGCAGCACCGGAGAAGCCCCAGGAUGACACUGGAGCAGGAGCAGGACUUGGUGCAUCCUCUGCUAAUGUGAACAGAUACAUUCAGCAACUGGCUCAGGAAUACAGUGGAGAUUGCAAGACCUCAUUUGAUGAACUCUCCAAGAUUAUACAGAAAGUGCUUGCAUCUCGUAAAGAGCUCUUGGAGUAUGACCUACAACAGAGAGAGGCUGCCACCAAGUCAUCUCGGAGCAGCAGUAGCCACCAGCCCACCUUCACCGCCAGUCAGUACCGCGCCCUCUCUGUGCUGGGAUGCGGCCAUACAUCCUCAACCAAGUGUUACGGCUGUGCUUCAGCUGUUACAGGUCACUGCAUCACACUGCUCCGCGCACUGGCCACCAAUCCAGCCCUUCGGCAGAUCCUAGUCCUUCAGGGUCUCAUCCGUGAGCUGUUUGAGUAUAACUUGCGUCGAGGUACAGCAGCCAUGAGGGAGGAGGUGCGCCAGCUGGUCUGUCUCCUCACUAGAGAUCACCCAGAAGCCACUCAGCAGAUGAACGAUCUGAUCAUUGCCAAGGUGUCAGCUGCCCUCAAAGGUCACUGGGCCAAUCCUGAUCUGGUUAGUAAUUUGCAGUAUGAAAUGCUGCUGCUAACGGACUCCAUUUCAAAAGAGGGUGGAUGCUGGGAAUUACGGUUGCGUUGUGCCCUCAGCCUGUUCCUCAUGUCUGUCAACAUAAAGACACCGGUAGUGGUGGAAAACAUCACACUGAUGUGCCUGAGAAUCCUGCAAAAGCUGAUUAAGCCCCCUGCUCCCACUAGCAAGAAGAACAAGGAUGCUGCCAUUGAGUCUCUGACUACAGUCAGGCCCUACAGUAAUGAAAUCCACGCCCAGGCCCAACUCUGGCUCAAAAAAGAUCCCAAAGCAUCUUAUGAGGCCUGGAAAAAGUGUCUUCCAGCAAGAUGUCAGGAAACGAUGUCAAAACCUCAGGGGAAGGCUGAGUUACGGAAACAGUAUCUACUUGAGAAGUAUGUGUGGAAGUGGAAACAGUUCAUGAGGUCUAGAAAAGGAGAAGGCCUUUUCCCGCGCCUGCUUAAACUGAGCCACAACAACUGGCUGCGACAGGUUCUUUUCACACCUGCCACCCAGGCUGCAAGACAGGCAGCUUGCACUAUUGUGGAGGCACUUACCACAAUCCCUAGCCGCAAGCAACAGGUCCUGGACCUGCUCACCAGUUAUCUGGAUGAACUGAGUGUCGCUGGAGAGUGUGCAGUGGAGUAUCUGGGUCUGUACCAGAAGCUGAUUAAGCCAACACACUGGAAGAUUUAUCUGGCUGCCCGGGGAGUCCUGCCCUACAUUGGCAACCUGAUCACCAAGGAAAUAGCCAAUCUGUUGGCUCUAGAGGAGGCUACACUGAGCACAGACUUGCAGCAAGGCUACGCCCUGAAGAGCUUGACUGGUAUGUUAGAAGAGAAUGAGGUGACAGAGUUCUUUGUGACGCUGGAAAAGGAUCCUCAGCAAGAGGACUUUUUGCAGGGUCGCAUGCCAGGAAACCCCUACAGCAGCAACGAGCCCGGCAUCGGUCCUCUGAUGAGGGACAUCAAAAACAAGAUCUGCCAAGACUGCGACCUGGUGGCUCUUCUUGAAGAUGACAGUGGCAUGGAGCUUCUGGUAAACAACAAAAUCAUUAGUUUGGAUUUGUCAGUGGCAGAGGUCUAUAAGAAGGUGUGGUGUCCUACAAAUGAGGCCUUAGUGGCAGAACAAGAGAGUAAGGAUAGUGGUGGAGCCUCUAUAGCAGAGCAAGUCCUGAGCAUCAUGGAGAUCAUUCUGGAUGAGGCCAAUGCUGAGAUUUCAGAGGACAAGGGUAACCUUCUCCUUACAGGAGACAAGGAUCAGCUUGUCAUGUUGUUAGACCAGAUCAACACCCUGUUUGUGCGCUCCAACCCCAGCGUGCUCCAGGGUCUUCUGCGCAUUAUUCCAUACCUGUCUUUUGGCGAACUAGAGAAGAUGAGGAUUCUGGUGGAACGCUUCAAACCGUGUUGCAACUUUGACAAGUACGACGAGGAGCAUAGUGCUGAUGACAAAGUGUUUUUGGACUGCUUCUGUAAAAUCGCUGCUGGAAUCAAAAAUAACAGCAACGGCCAUCAACUGAAAGAUCUUAUUCUGCAAAUAGGAAUCACACAGAGUGCACUGGACUACAUGAAGAAGCAUAUCCCAAAUGCCAAAAAUCUGGAUGCGGAUGUUUGGAAGAAAUUCCUCUCUAGACCUGCUCUACCCUUUAUUCUCAGACUUCUCCGUGGUUUGGCUACCCAGCAUCCCCCCACACAGGUGCUCAUAGGCACAGAUUCGAUAACAAACUUGCACAAGCUGGAGCAGGUAUCCAGUGAUGAAGGCAUAGGAACUCUAGCAGAGAACCUUCUAGAGGCUCUGAGGGAACACAGUGACGUCAACUUGAAGAUUGAAGCAGCCCGCAGAGAAACCAGAGCUGAGAAAAAGCGUAUGGCUAUGGCUAUGAGGCAGAAGGCUCUGGGAACUCUUGGCAUGACGACCAAUGAAAAGGGGCAGGUGGUGACAAAGACUUCACUCUUGAAGCAAAUGGAAGAGCUGAUAGAGGAACCAGGCUUGACCUGCUGUAUCUGUAGAGAAGGUUACAAGUUCCAGCCAACCAAAGUCCUGGGUAUUUACACUUUCACAAAGCGUGUAGCCUUGGAGGAAUUUGAAAACAAGCCUCGCAAGCAGCAGGGUUACAGCACUGUGUCGCACUUUAACAUAGUCCACUAUGACUGCCAUCUGGCAGCAGUCAGGCUGGCUCGUGGGCGAGAGGAAUGGGACAGUGCUGCUCUCCAGAAUGCUAACACCAAGUGCAAUGGUCUGCUUCCUGUGUGGGGGCCACAUGUGCCAGAAUCAGCUUUUGCUACAUGCCUAGCAAGGCACAACACAUAUCUUCAGGAGUGCACAGGCCAGCGAGAGCCCACAUACCAACUCAACAUCCACGAUACCAAACUGCUGUUCCUCCGCUUUGCUACUGAGCAGUCAUUCAGCGUGGACACAGGAGGUGGAGGUCGGGAGAGCAACAUCCACCUCAUCCCCUAUAUCAUCCACACUGUUCUCUAUGUCCUCAACACUACAAGGGCUACGUCCCGAGAGGAGAAGAACCUGCAGAGUUUCCAGGAGCAACCAUGUGAGAAAUGGGUUGAAAGCUCAUAUGAAGUUGAAGGGCCCCACUAUUACACCAUCCUGGCCAUGCACAUCAUGCCACCCGAACGGUGGAGAAGUUCUCGUCUGUACUUCCUGCGGAGACUUCUGGGCACUGCGCAUGCCCGUAAAGUCUCGGCAGCCUGUGCAAACAAGCUCACAGAUAAAACACCAAAGGAAUAUGCAGUGUAUCGCUCACCUCUUCUUUUCUGGGGCCUGGUGGACCUGGUCUACGACAUGUUCAGGAAGGUACCAACCAGCAACACAGAGGGCGGCUGGUCCUUCUCACUGGCAGAAUAUGUCCGUCACAAUGACAUGCCCAUCUAUGAGGCCUCCGAGCGUGUGCUCAGGGCUUUCCAGGAUGAACUCAUGCCCGCUGAAUCCCUGUCAGAGUUCUUUGAUGUUGUAGGUCUCCUCUCUGAAAUUCCAGACCCGGACCUCUUCCUGCAGGAUUUGUUGAACUCUUUGCCCUAAUGGCCAACCUCAAACCACAACCCCUCAAACACAAAACGCCCCCGCAAUUAUCAUCUGGACACCUACCAGCUGAACAAAAAUUUACUUUUUACACACUGAUAUUCACACAGUGUAUACACCACGCUUCCUACUUAACUCCCACUCCCAUAUGACAUCUUCAAAUGAUCUUUAAGCAGAAACUAUGUGUAGUUUAAAAAAAAACAAAGAAAAAGAGAAAAGAUCCAUCUCUGUAAAGUUUAACACAGAAACACCGUGCUGUCAAAGGUUGGGGAGGGCACACAAAACAGAAUUUACACUUUGAUUCAAACUCUUUCAGACUAGAGUUGAGAUCACAACUGGUUUUGUUUCAGGAAGCUUGAGGGAAAAAUGAAGCAGGGCUCUGCCGACCACCCAGCCACAACCAUUCACAUCUGUCACCAUCAAGGCAUCUGUCUCUUUAUGAUGCCAUAGAUGAUCAAAAAAAGGCCAGCUGAAUUUAAUGAUUCAUGUGAAAAGAAGAAAUAAUAGUUUUUUUUGUUGAUGGGAACAGCCUACGAAUUCUGUUUUGUUGUGAUCCUAUCUUUUGGCUUUAAACUCCUCCCCCUCUCUUUGGGGUACAAUAACUAAAAUGUUUUGGGUAUUUGACCCACCACCUAUGAAGAGCGGCAUUUGAUUUUAACUCCUUUUCCUUUGUUUUGUUUUUUUUCUUUCCAUUUUUGUUGUGCUUUAAGUUUUUUUUUUUGGUAAGGGUUUUUUAAAAUGGCAGAAGGUUUCACUGUCACAUGGUUGCAAGCUAACCUGUCCUUUUCUUCUGGGCUUUUUGCUGUUUGAUCUUCAUGUAGAGUCUAACUGGAAUUUGAGUGACGGACAGGGAAACAAAAAAGCAGUUUGGUUUUAUUUUUUUCUUGUAUCGACCUUGGAAGCAAAGAGGGGGAAAGAACAAUGAAGUGUUUUAUUUUCUUCCACAAAGCUAUGCCUUGGUGAUGAAGUAAACUUUGGAUUGAUGAAAACAUUUCCAUCUGUUGCAAUGAAACACCAGACUUGUCUAAAUGAAUAAUAAACAUAGACCUACAUUAUAUCCUUUACACUUUUUCUCUUUUGACUAAUUAUUUUGACUUUUUUUUUUUUUCCCUCUUGAGCCUCUCUGCACUCUUUAAUUUAGGUUUUGGUUUUCCUCAAAAUUUCUGGAAACACACACGUCAGUUUCCAGAACAGAUUUCUGGAAAGCAAAGUCUCACUUUUACCCUCAACAGUUGAGCAAACUUUGAACUUACAGUUAUUACAGAACCCUUGUACUCAAGAGUUGAAUGCAUGGUGUGGAGUUCACCCAGUUUCUCGUCAAUUCACCUAUUCCCGCUGCUAUACGAUGUUUAACUGUUGCUGAAUGUCUGCUUUUUGAAUUUAGCCUAUGAUUAAUAAAGCCGUAAUAAUUCCAAAUCUGA